AAUAUGGUUGGAGAUGUCAAUAAUCAAUGCACGUCAAGAUGAAUAAAGAUAAUUUUAACAUUGAGGAUGCAUUUGAAUCAGAUGAAGACGAGAAGAUUCGAGUUUAUGGUUCAACAAAACAAACGCCAAUUAAAACUCCUAAAAUCCGGGAAAAAAUAAGCUCAACGUCCGAUGAAAUACCUUUGACAGAGUGCCAGUAUGAUGGCCAGGGCUACAGUGAGCAACAGCUGAUGGGAAGCAGCCAAAAGCAAAGCCAUCCACUGGUGGGGGCACCUGUUAUCUCUGAUCCCAGUGGCUGGUCAGGGGAGACUGUUGUAUCCUCCAAUUCUGCCAAGGAACCACGAUGGUGGAGACAUCCCAAGAUCAAAGAGAACUAUAAAACAGUGUGUGGUGCGGUGUCUUUGACUGUUGUGGGAGCAGCUCUGUUUUUGGUUGGUGUUGGUAUAGUGGCUUCAUCAGACAGAGGUCUUCACUGCCUAGUGUUCUUUAUCGGAGGAGUGCUUUGUCUUAUUCCAGGAGUUUACCAUGUGGUGUACAUCAUUCUAGCAAUAAAUGGAGUUGGUGGAUAUAACUUGUAUAACCUUCCUGUGUUUAAUACAUAGCAAACACCUCACACCACCCGAACAGAGAAAUCCUCGAGCAAUUUGUACUGUUGACAUGGUGAUAGGUAUGGAAGGUUAAAAUGUGUACGAUACGUAGAUUAAUUGUGUAAAAUUAUACAGAAUUAUGUGUUCACUUUACAUUGCAAUAUUAUAUUUAUUUUCUAACUUUCAAAAUGGCUGUAUUUAGUUUUUGAGAAUAAGCUGGGAAUUCUUUGUUAUCAUAUUUAUUAUUUGCAUUUUAAUUUUUAAAUAUUUGUAUUUGAUCAGAAUAUAUUACAGUAAAGUAUGCUUAUAGCAAAGUGCCAAUAUUGAAUGGACAAUUUCGCUUCAUUAAAAACAUAAUUUGUUUUAUCUAUUAAGUUCACGAUACAUUUUAUAUAACCACGGAGAAGGAAAGUCACUUUGCUAUAAAUUCAUUAUAAGGUGUUCGCUAUAAGGGUAUUUUACUGUAUUAUUUACAUCAUGGCAUAUACACACACAUAUGCAUCAUUACUACUGACAAACCUAACAAAAUGUUGAUAUUAGUGUACCAUUUGUAAGAUUAUUUUAAAUGUUCACAUGUGUAUAGAGUAUAGAAAAGAGAUUAAGAGAGAGAUAAGUGAAGGUCUUUAUAAGGCAUGUAUCUGUAUCUCUUGUUUAUAAGAUUGAGUCAUGCAAGGUAUUUUAAACUGUUAAUUUCCUACAUGUGUGUUAUUGCAUGAAAAUAUUUGUUACUUUGUAAGACCAUUUAGGCACCAAGUUGUUAUUUAAGUCAUGUUUAGAUUAUACAUCCCAUGUACCUGUGAAUAUCAAACAGUUCAAUUUUUGUGAUGGGAUGAAGAGAUGUAUUUAUAAAUGUAUAAAGUUGUGGCAAUUCACAUCCUGAAAUAUGAUUUUUGAAAAAAAUAUUGUCUACAGGACCUUUACAUUAUAUGCAUACAGAUGUAGGGUACAUUGUGAUGUUUGCCACUGUGGCAAAAUAUAACUGCAGCAGAUUUUACUACAAUUUAGCUUUAAGUUAACUGAGGGCAUUUUGAUGGCAUAACAUAUUUACAAUGCUAUACCAUUUGUUUGGUAAAGUUUUGAUGGAGAUAUCAUUAUUUUCCAAAUCUGCUGACAACCCCUUUGUUUACAGGUGUCUCUUGGUUUUUUGCAGUUAAUCACAUAAUGUUUAACUGACAUAAUUUAUACAAGCUAAAAGGUGAAAGGACUUCAGCAUAUUUAUAAUUUUUUUUUUUUGGUUAUAUUACUCAACAUCAUGACUUUGAGUUUUUUUUUAUAAACUGCCAUUGUAAUUUUAUUUUUUGAUGGUUGUGAAAUACUUCAAACAAGAACAGCUUUGCUGGGUUGUAAAAGUAUCAAAUUUUUUAAAUGGAGGGGAUUUUUUUUUUACAAAUCAUGUUGUAUCACAAUGUAACACCAGUGUUCAGUAUUUGAUAUAAUGUUUAAUUCUUUAAAAUUAAAAUAACACACCAAUUAACUCAAUUACUUUCAGAAAGGAAAUAUUGAUGCCAAAAUAUAGGUUAGAUACAUCGAAUCCUGUCAGUGUUGCAUUUAAGAUAUACUUAUAUGUAGGAUUGAACAUGUAAUAAUUAUAAAUAGAAUGUGAAUGAACUUAUUUAUAAUUUUACAAAUUGAACAAAAUUUAAUUCUGGGAUUUACCAAGUUACAUGUAGCAGAAAUUUUAGGUUAAUUAAGAUAAAAAUACUCUUGAAAUUCAGAAAUAAAUGUGUGAUAUAUUAUAGUCCCAAAUAUGUAUAUAAAUUUAGGCAAAUCCUUGAAAAAAACGUGUAAUAUGGCACAUUUACUUCCUAAAUCAUGCAAACAUAUGAUGGCGGGUCAUGUAACUCAGCGUCCUCCUAAUUAAGUGAUGCAUUUAUUUAAUUUAAAAUGCUCAAAAUAAUACAUAUAGUUAUUUCUGUAUUAUUACAAAAGUUUCAAUAAGUACAUGAAUAUGGAUGAUUACAAAAAAUGAUUUUGACACCUCAUUAAGCAAGACACUUUCCAGUUUAUUUAAUGGAGUCAUCAUUUUCUCUGUAGUACGUACUCUGUUAGCACUGAAUGAAUUUCUGUAGGAUUGGCAGCGUGUAUAUCAUUGUCUAUCGUGUAGUGUAUGUGAUGACUAUUUAGUUACGAUAAUUAAUACUUGUCAAAAUUUAUUAUUUUGUAUUUACAUGAUAAUCUCCACUUUAAUUGUAGUUGUGUAUGUACAGCGAGAAGGUUAGUAUGAAAUUCUGUGUUAUUUAAUGUAUAUAUUUAUUCACUUCUUUGGUUUUACACAUACUGUUAAGUUCCCAUGACAUCAGAUAUUUUGUAUACAUCUGUGAUAUUUUUCACUUUGUUUUGAAACCAGUGGAUUAUUGUAACCCAUUGAAUGAAGUACUGUCAAAACAAUUAUAGCUUAUAAAAUAAACAAUUGUAAAAGAA